AUGGCGGAUCAAGAAACAAUCCAGUCCAACUUCGAUCUCGGCAUCUGGUACGCACUGGGCCUUUGGCCUGCCCUCACCAUCGCCGUCACCAGCAACUGGGGCGGCCCCGACAGUUCUGCAAAGCGUGACUGGUUCGCUGGUGCCAUCAGUGACCUCUUCGCCGACCGCGCCGAUACCGACCAAUUCGACGUCGAGGCUGUCUUGCUGCAGGUCAUGCAGGACGAGUUCGAUGUCAACGUUGAGGACGAGACCGAGAUCCCCGUCGCCGAAGAGAUUAUGAAGCUUAGAAAGGAAACUGCCGAAGGAAACUUCUCUGGUGUCGAGGCUGUCAAGAGGCGCUUCGAGGAGCGUGGAGGAAGAGUCCCUCAGAAUCUGCAAAUUGUCGAGCACAAGCACGAUGACGAUGAGAGUAGCGAAGAAGAGAGCGACGACGACGACGUCGAGAUGGGCGAUGCCGCUCCUGCUCUUGUUCCUGCGCCACGCGAAAGACAAGAGCCCGAGGUUGACGAUGAUGGCUUCACCAAGGUUGUCAGCAAGAAGAAGAGAUGA